AUGAGUAAAUCAUAACCAAUAUUUAUAUAUGGGAUUACAAUCAAAGAUGAUAGGGGAAAGUUGAAGAACUGUUAAUUAUGCGGAGCAAAAUUCUCAAUGUCAGUUAAAGAACAUUAAUGUAAGAGAUGCAAAAGAGCAGUUUGUGAUAAGUGUGCUCCAAAUAAAGCUCAAGUUUAGAAGGCAGACGGCCUAUCUAAGAAAUCUCAUCGUCUAUGUAAUUUUUGUAAAGACGAAAGUGACUCACUAAAAAGAUUCUUGGAACAAUACAAAAUAAGCUUUAACAAAGACUCAUUCUCUCAAUAAUGGUUAUAAUCAUUCGGAACUGAUAUUGCAAAAGCCAAAAACGAUUUCUUGAAUGCAUUAGAUGAUGCAAAGCUAUCUAAAGAUACAAAUGCUUAUGAUAUCUUCAAAGCUAAGUUAGAAGUAGUGAUAAAUGACAUUGAUGGAUUUGUGAACUAUUCCAUCAAAGAUUUUAUGGUAGCUGCUUUGAAAAAUGUGGAGUCAUUUCGCCAAAAAGAAGUAGUCAAAACAUCCAUUUUGAGGGUUGCUGGCACACUUCUAUUAUUGUAUCCUCAAAUUGGAUAUUCACAUGAAGUAGUACUCAUUACCUAUUUUCUCCUUUGUUUUGCAUCUGAAGCUUCUGCAUAUAUACUCUUAACUGCUAUAUAUGCCCAUAUCCUCCCAUCUCAAUUGUAUCCCAAGACUAACACUAAAUAUGAUCUCGUUAAUGAAAAUGCCAUUGUGGUUGGCAUACUGAGAGAUGCCCUUCAAGUCGAUUCAAAUGACAUGAGUGUGAUUAAGAGUUUCCUCUCAUAGAAGCUCAGAUGCUACUUAGUUACGUUGAGUAUUAAUCUCUUUUUAUUUGAAACUACCUUUUUCAUUAUAAGUUCUGUAUUAAUGUCUGGUUCAAAUGGUUAUAUGGAUUUACUGGCUCAGAUGGCUGUUUUAUUUUAAUUAUCAAAUCAGGAGAUGCAGAAAAACAAAUUCAAUCAUGAAGAAACAGAAUUGUUCAUGCUCAGAUCACUUAGAACUAAUCAAUUAAGUGUACUUUACAAAUAAACUCAAAAUUGUGAUUUUGAAAGUUACAAGAAAGUUUAUAUCACAACUAGAUCAGAUUCAAUCAAAGUGGAUAAUUUGAAUUUGAGUGCUCGUUAAUCAAUGAUAAAACCUGAUAUGUAGAAAGUAAGUGAAAUUAAUUAGAAACUCUAAGAACAAGUUGAUAGAAGGGAUUUAGAAAAUAAAAAGUUGAAUGAGGAGAUCAUUUAAUUAAGAGAUAAAGUCAAAUAAUUACAAAAGGAGAAUUCUAUACUUCUAAGUUAAUAAUAAAACAAUGAUUCUGAAAUGUAUAAAAUUAAGUUGCAUGAAAUGAGAAUUGACAAUUCAGACUUGAAAUCAUAAAUUGAAUAACUGAAAAAUGAAAUCUCUAAGUAUAAGCUAUAAAUUGAGGAUGAUACAAAAUAGAAAAUAACAAAACAAAAAACUGAAACCAUGGAUAGUGAUUAUGAAAAUGAUUUGUAAGAGAUAUCUCAAUUCAAAUUAAAAUAUGAACAAUAAAUCAGAAAUCUCAAAAAAUAAGCUGAUGAGAAGAAAUAGUAAAAUCAACCUAAUCAAAUUUAAAUUGAUGAAAUUAAAGAGAAUUACGAAAAUAAAAUUAAAUUACUUUAAAAAUAAGUAAUCUAAUUAUAAUCGUAAGAUAAUACUGAAGAAAUAAGAGAUUUGAAAAUCCAAAACCAACAAUUACAAAAAAAAUUAGAAAAAAUGAAAGAUGAAAAGAAUAAAAGUGAAUUAAUAUUAUAAAAAAAUGAUGAGAUAGAAUUAUUAACUGAACUGAAUGAAGAAUUGACUAAGGAAAAUUAACGAUUAGCAAAACAACUCCGAGAUUUAAAAUCGCAGAGUGGUGCUUCAAGUGCCUAAUAGAUAAAAGUAUUGGAAGAGUAAAAUAAAUUAUUAGAGUUGAAAUUGGAAUAAUAUCAUUUAUUGAUAUAAGAGUUGGUUAACAUAAUUGGUAAGGUAAAGUAUGAAAAAUAGAAGUAAUUGGAAUUCUCGGAUAUGAAGUUUAAGCAAAAGGAAGAUUUAGAAGAUGUCAAAAUGGUUGCUGAGAUAAGAACAGUCUAAACUCAAUUAUUGAAGGGAAUGCUGAAAGAAAAUCAAGCUUAGUUAAGUGAUUUGAUGUCUAAUAUAACGCAAAUGCGUCAGGUUCUCGAAAAAUCAAAAUCAUUAAAACUUUGA